GUAAAAAGAAAUUAAAAAUUUCAAAAGUAAGUAAAUGAAUCACUCAAUAUUUUAAGAAGUCCUCCAUGUGGCAAGUCAGGUCUGUGUGUGGUCAUUACUUGGGGGACCAAGGCAGGUGGAUCUCUGUAGGUUUAAGGCCUGCCUGGUCUAUAUAGUAAGUUUCAAGACAGCUUGGGUUCCAUAGAGAUACCCUAUCUCAAACAAACAAACAAAAAAAAAAUAAUUGAUACGGUCUGAAUUCAGCCAGAAGGCCACUGGUUUGCAUCCUUUAAAGACAGAGACAGAGAACCCAUUUCUCCUUCUCCCCAGACCUAUUCCACAGAUAGCAUGUCACAGGUUACUCACAUCUGCUAAGUAUCCUCAUAGAGGGGAAGAGAUCAUUACCUAGUACAAGAAUGCACUGUAGAAGUAUCAGAACAAUCAGGUUUAAUAAGUCAAAAAGAAAAGGGGGAGGAGAGGACUGGGGUGCAGCUCCGUAGGCUGCUUGCCUGACAUGUACUAGGCUCUGUUUGACCUCAGCACGCCAUAGGCCCCGAGGCACACCAGUCACCCCAAGGUGUGAAGGCAGGGGUUUUGUCCACAGGUUUCCUGAGUAGAGACAGAGCCUAAGACAGAGUUAGUGAUUUUUGUUUGUUUGUUUGUCUUUUGAGAUUGGAGACUUUUAUAGCCUAGUCUGCCCUGUACUUGGUAUAUAGCCCAGGCUGAAUGGGAGCUCCUGGUGCCCCUCCCUCCACUCCCAAAGUGCUGAGAUUAUAAGUGUGUGCUGUCCAGUCUGGGUCGAAAGAAAGUUAGUCUUCAAGAUAUUUUUUAAACCAUUAGAAAGUUAGGGCCAAAGGAACAGGCAUGAUAUCAUAAAUUUAUAAUACUAGUCUGUGGGAGGCUAACACACGAUCUAAAGCAUCCUGAAGUACACAGUAUGACCCUAACUCAAGGUAAAAGGGAAGAUGGUGAGUCUUGCAAGAUGGUGCGGAAGCAGGUAGAUCUUGUUCAAGGCCAGCCUGGUCUACUUAGGCAGUUCUAGACCAGCCAAGGGAGACCUUUUGUCUCAAAACAACAACAAAAUACAGUAAAGACUAUGAUGACUGUAAUCUCAUCAGCAAGGAGGCAGAAGCAGGAAGACUACGAAUUCAAGGCUAGCUUUCGCCACAUGCAUGCGAAGAGCCCGAGCGCCAUUGUGGAAAUGGGCUAUGAGGUAUUUUGUUUACUUUAAAGUAGACCCGGGGUUGGGGAUUUAGCUCAGCAGUAGAGCACUUGGCUAGCAAGCGCAAGGCCCUGGGUUCGGUCCCCAACUCCGGAAAAAAAAAAACAAAAACAAAAACAAAAAAAACAAAGUAGACCCAAACAGGAAUUGUUGGUGUGUACUGAUGGAGAGAGUAAAAUCAGUCAGACACACGUGAGAAUCACCUCCAUCCUCUGCAUAAGGCACAGAAAGAUAGUGGCUCUGAAGGAGUCAGCUGAGGAAGAGGUGUGCCCUGUUUGCCACACGCCAGACAGAGUGACACAGUCUAGGUGCGUCAUUUUACCUGAAGGAGGCCCUUCCGAGGAACCAGCCAUUUCUGCUACCUCCAGUUCAGUCAGGUUUAUUCACUGUUGAGCAACAAGAACACCGAGGACCUGGUUAGUGCUGGGUGUUGACUGUCAGAUGGACAGAAUCCAAUCCCUGACGUAAGGAAGGCAAAUGGGAAGCUGUGAAGGAUCCUGGGGAAAUGGCCCGAGGGCUCUUCUCAUUGCACCUCCGGAGAGCGCUGGAUGCUAGCAGGAAAGUUCUGAAGCUAUUUGCUUCACCAUGUUAUGGAACCAAGCCUUACUUGCUUAAGGUGGGUCAGCACGGCCUGUUUGAGAAGUGGGCCCAGCACAGACGGUUUCCGAAUCAGAAGAGAAACCCACACCACUCUGGAUGUCAACAGCUACCUUCAAAAAGACAAAGUCAGGGCAGGACUGACAGAUCUAAAGAAUGACCCCUUCCGGGCCAGACAUGGCCAAGAGGGUGUGUGAUAGGGCAUCUAAGAACCCAUUACUGACUCCGUCCCUCUCCUCGGCUGAUCCAGCAGAGUUGUCCUCAGUGCCUGGCUUUUUAAUGAGCCUUUUCUUAGGUCACUUUUUCUUAGCUCUCUGCCUUCCCCACUGGCCACCCAAUAAAGGGAGGCAGUCUCCUGUUCCACUAAGGGAUGCUACCAUCUCACAGAAUCUGAUUCUGAAAGCACCCCCCUCCAACUUCCUUUCUAAAAGUAAAGAUAGUUCCCAUGGGAAGAAAUGGGGGAAACAAGAGUCCACUAAUGAGUCCACUAAUUUAUAACACAGAUUCCCACCCUACACCCCCACCCCACACACACACUGAAAACAGAAACUGAGUUGCUCAAACCAGAUGGAGCAGUGCUUGUCCUGCUGCUCUGAAACACUUAAGAGGACCUGAGGAGAGAGGGGUGCAAGGAUUGGCAGCCAAAAGUUUCACGGCCCCUCCCAUCCCCAAAUUCUUGGAAUCAGAAAAAGCAGUCUUCCAAAGUAGGUCAGCGCAGCAGCGAGCAGCUCCUCUGGAAGGGAAGGGAGCAAGGGCCUUAUCCAGAUAGAGGACACAGAGUCAUCCAGGACUCCAGCGGCCAGAGCCCCAGAGGCUCAGGAGAGAGGAGAGACAGGGAGACCCAUCCAGAUAAGAAAGAGCUCAGGGUCACAGACCUCCACUAGUCAGUGAUGUCAGAAGGAGGGGUAGAGGGACAGGAGCUGGAGUUCGCUGGGGGAGGAGCUUUCUGCCACUUCUAGAUCCUGGAGGCUGCCCCUGUGUCCCGGGCCCCAUGACCUCUGGGGCCUUGGCUUCCCUAGCUGGCAGAGGAUUGGGCCUUCUUCCCUGGGACACCCCCCCUUCCUCCUCCCCACAAGCCUGAGACACUCUCUUCUCUCUCUCUCUCUCUCUCUCUCUCUCUCUCUCUCUCUCUCUCUCACACACACACACACACACACACACACACACACACACACACACACACACACACUUGCCUUCCUCUCAAGCGUUUGUGCAGUUCUUCUUUGUCUUCUGGGCAGGAGGGCAAACACAUCUGCCUUCCCUCCCUAUGCACCCCCACUCCCACCCCUCCACUGUCUUGAAAAAGGGAUGCUGUAGCCUAGCAUCCCCCCCACACACACACUCGUUUUCUCCUGCCCCCUCCCCAAGCACAUCCACGCCUCCCUCCCUUUCUCUCUCUCCUCUCUCUCCUCUCUCUCUCCCUCUCUUCUCCUCUCUCUCUCUCUCUCUCUCUCUCUCUCUCUCUCUCUCUCACACACACACACACACACACACACACACACACACGCGCACACACACACGAGGCUCUCAGCACAUACACCCGGGGCUGAGCGGUUCUGCCGACUGCAGCCGUGGGCCCCUGCUCACCGUGCGGCUGCCACUGCCUGCGAAAUGACGGCGGUUCCCCUCACUUCCAGGAAUCCACGCUUCCUGGAAGGUGAGUGGCUGGGCUCACCCCUGCCUGCCACCAAGACGCAGACAUGCACACACCACCCGCACUCCCUCGCCGUUUCCAAGGCGGCGGCCGCGUUCGCACCCCAGGGUCUCACCGGCAAGGGAAGGAUAAUGUAGCGGGGACUCAUCUCUCGAGAAGGAGUUCCUUGGGGCCCCAGUGGGGCCCUCGGUGAGCACCCCAAACAGCCAGCACUCUUCACCCAGCCGCUCGCUCAGUGCCAACUCCAUCAAGGUGGAGAUGUACAGCGAUGAGGAGUCGAGCAGACUGCUGGGGCCGGAUGAACGGCUCCUGGAUAAGGAUGACAGUGUGAUUGUGGAGGACUCAUUGUCGGAGCCCUUGGGCUACUGCGACGGAAGCGGACCAGAGCCUCACUCCCCUGGCGGCAUCCGGCUACCCAACGGCAAACUCAAGUGCGACGUCUGUGGCAUGGUCUGUAUUGGACCCAAUGUGCUCAUGGUACACAAGCGCAGCCACACUGGGGAAAGGCCCUUCCACUGCAAUCAGUGUGGUGCCUCCUUCACACAGAAGGGGAAUCUGCUGCGUCACAUCAAGCUGCACUCAGGGGAGAAGCCCUUCAAAUGUCCCUUCUGCAACUACGCCUGCCGCCGGCGUGACGCCCUCACUGGCCACCUCCGCACACACUCAGUCUCCUCUCCCACCGUGGGUAAACCCUACAAGUGCAACUACUGUGGCCGGAGCUACAAACAGCAAAGUACCCUCGAGGAGCACAAGGAGCGGUGCCACAACUACCUACAGAGUCUCAGCACUGAUGCCCAGACGUUGGCUGGCCAGCCAGGUGAUGAAAUCCGUGACCUGGAGAUGGUGCCUGACUCAAUGCUGCACCCAUCAACAGAGCGGCCAACUUUCAUCGACCGUUUGGCCAACAGCCUCACCAAACGCAAGCGCUCCACCCCACAGAAGUUUGUAGGAGAAAAGCAGAUGCGCUUCAGCCUCUCAGACCUUCCCUAUGAUGUGAACCCCAGCGGUGGCUAUGAAAAGGACGUGGAGCUGGUGGCACACCAUGGUCUGGAGCCUGGCUUCGGAGGGUCUCUAGCCUUUGUGGGUACUGAGCACCUUCGUCCCCUCCGCCUUCCGCCCACCAACUGCAUCUCAGAACUCACACCCGUCAUCAGUUCUGUGUACACCCAAAUGCAGCCCCUCCCCAGCCGACUGGAGCUUCCAGGGUCACGAGAAGCAGGUGAGGGACCCGAGGACCUGGGAGACGGAGGUCCCCUCCUUUAUCGAGCCCGAGGCUCUUUGACUGACCCCGGGGCAUCCCCCAGCAAUGGCUGCCAGGACUCCACAGAUACAGAGAGCAACCAUGAAGAUCGGAUUGGCGGGGUGGUAUCCCUCCCUCAGGGUCCCCCACCUCAACCUCCUCCCACCAUAGUGGUGGGCCGGCACAGUCCCGCCUAUGCCAAAGAGGACCCCAAACCACAAGAGGGGUUGUUGCGGGGCACCCCAGGCCCCUCCAAGGAAGUGCUUCGGGUGGUGGGUGAGAGCGGUGAGCCUGUGAAGGCCUUUAAGUGUGAACACUGCCGCAUCCUCUUUCUGGACCACGUCAUGUUCACCAUCCACAUGGGUUGCCAUGGCUUCAGAGACCCUUUCGAGUGUAACAUCUGUGGUUAUCACAGCCAGGAUCGGUAUGAGUUCUCUUCCCACAUCGUCCGGGGGGAACAUAAGGUGGGCUAGAAACCUCUCUCCCCAAGCCAGCUCUCGGCCCCGCCCCGCCCCGCCCCGCCCCGCCCCGCCCCACCUACAGGUGUCUAACCCAAUCCCUGUUAUACCCUAAGGAGUUUUGCGUUGUAGCCCCAUCCACUGGCCACCUCACUUCACACUUGACUCUGACCCGUCUUUGCCUGUUCCCCUCUACCCUGACCAGUUUGAGCAUUGCGACCAGACAAGUCUCUUGCUUACAUUUCUCCUUCUAACCUCUCUCCCCGGCACAUUUGCUCUUUUAAUUAGUGACUUUUCCUUGGCCUUUUUUAAUUGACUGAAAUCUCUGGUCACUCCUUCACUCUUCUGCCCUUGGCUCCCUUCUGCUCUAAGCCUAGACUUUUUUAUUAUUAUUAUUAUUUUUUAUUUUGUGGAUCCCACAUCCUCCGACAGCUCCAGGGGUUGGAAGCUCCUCUCGGUGCUAAGAGACGUUGAGCUUCUUGCUUUAAUCCUCACCCUUAUUUAUCUGACCCUUCACUUUUGAUGCUGAUACCUCCCAACGGCCCCACCUUAGGUCUGUGGCAUUAUCUCCUCUCUGGGACCCUUCAACCCGGCACUCCAUACCUCUUGUGCCCACUCACUCUAGGCAGCUUGCACUAUUCUUAAAUGAAUGAAGAAUUUCCUCAUCUGCAGGUAGGAGGGGCUGUAGAAACUCUCCCUAGGCACUGUGGACUGAGGGUCCUCUUGACCUCACCUGGGAAUCCAAGAUCCCUAAAAGCUACAUUCAGGAUCUCCCUCUAGGAUGUGAGACCACCCUUUCCUCUCCCUGGCUCCCCCCUCGACACCACUCUGGUCUCAACUUUCCACUCCUUUCAGUGGUGGCUUUUCUCUCCUUGGAACGCCCCCAUUUUAUAUUCUCAGGGGCUAAAGCUAGGCCUGCAACCCUCUCUCUGACACACCGAGAGCUGCUGGCACGUAGCUGAGAACCAGGGCAUGGGGAAGGGGAUGGGUGGGAAUCUCUUUUCCACCUUUCAAACUCUUUUACUUCAGUGACCUUCCUAGGCUCUCAGGACUCCUUCUGUCCCCAUCUUAGGAGAAACCAGUGGGUUGCUGCUCAAUGACCAGGGGCUCUCUCAACCCCAUCAGUCACGCUGCCUUUUUCCUCUUCCUUCCAGCAGGACUCACAGUCACGUUCCCAGGCUCCUGGGCCCUGUUAUGAUCACAAUGGCAGGGAGAAAGGGACGUCUCUUUUCUCUCUGCCAACUUUCAGUAUAACCAAAAAAUUGUCCCAGGAUGAAUGACAGGUGUGUGCCCGUCAACCCUUCUACCGUGUCCUAGCAAAAAUGGGACGGACGCAACUGGGAGUCACCCCCACUGCCCUUCCACAUCUAGCUCCGACACAUGGCAGGAGAGGCAGUCUUCUCUGGUGGUCGCAGAGACUCUGGCUAUUCAGAUAUGGAGGAUUCGUGAGACCAUGCAGGAGGAGGCAUAACUCCAUUGCUGUGGAAGUCUCUCUAUAGUUCCCUGCCAAGGCCACAACCAUCCCACUCUCGGCUUCUCUGAGAUUCAAACCAAAGGCUGUUUUUCUAUAUUUAAAGAAAACAAGAAAAGAAAAAAAAAAGCAAAGAAAAGAAACCAAACACAACACCUCAUAAGUUAUAGUCUUGGUCUUCCCCCUCCCUUUCUCUUCCUCUCUGUCCAUCUUCUUUUCCAUGGGCCCUUUCUCUCUCUUUUGCCUCUCCCUACUUUCCUCGAUCCCUGUUAGGGAUGUCGAGAGGCAGGAUAAAGGGUGGGCUAGAUCAGAUCCUGGGACUGGGGCUCUUAAGCAUUCUGAAGAGAGUCUACUUUCCCCUAUCACAAGAAGGGUGGCGGGGGUGGGGGUGGGGGAAAAACCACUUUCUUCUCUUCCUUUGUGGCACCGCUUCCAAGAAGGACCAGAUUGGCAGAGAGAAGCUUUCUGGGGUGGUUCUUCUUCCCUGACAAUGUAGCAAUAAGCGGGUGCUGCCAAAGGCAGAGAACUGGGUGGUCCUGAGAGAAGUAAAGGGUCUUCAUAACAGAACUUUGGCCCUAAUUCCUCCUUGGGCCAGCAGCACAGCUGAGGUCACUGGCUGGGCUUGUCCUGAACUACUCUGGUUGUUAGGCCUCUUCCCAUUAUACCUGCUCCCACCUCUUCUGUGUCUGCCACCACAUAUUUGAGGAUACCUCAGAAGGACUAGUUCCUCCGAGGCAUUAGAGCCUUAGAGUGCCCCACCACUCCCUUUGUCUAGUCAGCCUUAGCACCUGUGAGCUCCCAGAAACACGAAGGACUAUACUCCUCCUUCUCCGAGGCUAUACUAAUGCCCAUGAGAGCAGAGGUGGAGGGACAAGACCAGGUGCUAGGGAGGAGAGGCCUUUGUCUCUCUCCAGCCCACCACUGCACUUUAACCAGGGUCUUAGGUACAAAAUGCUACUUUUCAGAGCCUUCCAGCUCUGGAACCUCAAACAUCCUCAUGCUCUCUCCCAGAUCCUUUUGCAUUGAAAAACAAAAACAAAAAAAACAAAAAAAGUAAAAGAAGAAAACAGUAAGAACAACAAAACCAAACCACCAAAACCCACCCAGAGAAAAGAGGUGUUCUCUUUUUUUAUUACUUUUCAAAAACAACACCCCAAAAAAGUGGGGGAAAGGGAGAGAAUUUCUAAAUAGACACUUUUCCAGACCUUUGUGUGUGUGUGAGUGUGUGUGUGUGUGUGUAUGUGUGUGUGUGUGUGUGUGCUCGUCUGUGUCCAAGCUGCAGGUGGAAUUUUAUAAUACUUCUGGCAGCUUCUUUCCUUGUGUACAUAAUAUAUAUAUAUUUUUAAUCAGAAAUUAUGAAGAUCAAAAAUAGAAUAAACACAGAAGCAAGUGCAAUACCACCUCUCCUUCUCCCCACCGUUCCUCUGCAGCCUGUUCAGUGUCCCCUUUGACCCUUGACCCUUGACCUCGUGUCCCUUCCUCUGGUUCCUGACUUUCCCUCUUUUUAAAGAGUUUUUCUCCUUUCUCAAAGGGAGUUAAACCAGCUUUUGAGACUUACUGCAAAGCAUUUUGUAUAUGUAACAUACUGUAAGUAAAUAUUUGUGUAAUGGAGAAAUACUACUGUAAGUUUUGUACUGUACUGGCUGAAGGUCUGUUAUAAAUAAACACGAGUAAUUUAACACCCCUGUUUGUUCUUGGAGACUCCCUUUCCCUUGUUUUCCUUCUGGGAGGAAGGCAGACUUCAUACCAACUAUUUAUCUGUUCAAGACAUAGACAAGUCUAAGACUGAGUGGAAAGCCAGACACUACUAAAGCUGUUGGUCUAGCAGGACAGUUGUUUCUUUUCUUUUUAAAGACAGGGGUGUCUCUCUUUGUAACCCAGGUGGAACUCACAGAAAUCUACCUGCUUCCGCAUCCCAAAGUCUGUAAUUAAAGAUGUGGGCCACCAUGACUCGCCUGUAAUAUUAUUUUAAAUUUUUUUUAGAUUAUAUUUCAACCGUAACACUUCUCCCUUUCUUUCCUCCAAACCCUCUCAUAUACUAGCCCCACUUUCUUUCAAAUUCACGGUCUUUUUCUUCUUAUAAUAAUAUAAUGAUAUUGCAUUAUAUCGCAUAUAUGUACAUAUGUAUAGAAUAUAUAUAUAUAUAUAUAUAUUUCUAGAUGUAGCCUGCACAGUCUGUAUAAUGCUGCCAGUAUGUCUUCUUCAGUGUUUACCGUUUGCCACAGGAUAACCACUUGGUGUGUCUUCCCCAGGGAGAGCCACCUUUCUCGCUUUGCCCCAGUUUUCUUCAGCUGCCUAUAGUUCUUUGCAGGACUGAGGCCCGUUGGGCUUUUCCCCAUCAGUUUCUGACGUGAUCUUUGGUAUCAUCCUUGUUCAGCAGUAAAUGCCCUGACCCUCUGGCUCUCACAACCUUUUGCCCCCUCUUCUGUAAUGUUCCCCGAGCCUCAGGUGCAGCAGUGUUUUUCAUAGUUGUAUCCGUUGGGACUGAGCUCUGCAGCUCUGCACUUUGGUCGGUUGUGGUUUUCUGUAGUGGCCUCCAUCUGUUGCAAAGAGCAGUUGCCUUGGUGAGGGGUGAAGUCUACACUUAUCUGUGGGUGUACGGACAGAUGUUUACAGAUUGUUGUUAGGGAUUAUGUUAGCCUGACAAAUUAGAAGUGGUAGCUUCUCUUCCAAUAGCCAUGCCUUCACUAGCACUGACUAGGCUCCCAUGGUCCCCCUCCAUGGAGUUGUUGGUUACUGCCAAAAUAUGAGUGCCACUACUGCCUCUUAGGCUAGUGUGCCAUGCUGGUCAUUGGUGUGGUUCUCAGGCAUCAUAGCUGAGUAGAACCAUAGACUGACUCCCUCCUUUGGAAGCUUGCAUCAUGCCCUUGGUAUCACAAAAGCUAGUAAGGAGAAACCAUUUGGGUCAGUUCCAACCGGGGGCCUCUGGGCCUUGCUACUGACAUGGAUCCUAUCCUCAGCAGUGACAGGAACACACUUUCCUUCUUAGAGGAGUAACUGAGGGCAACAGGAACAGGCUGCAUGUUUGGGAGUCUCUUGGACAACCCUGGCCAACACCUCAAAAGAGGGAUUCUCUUUUUGGAAUCGUUUGGUACUGGAAUUUUCAUUAAGUGGUCUUUGGCUCUUGGAGGGAGCACCAUUGAGAAGAUGCAUUAAAAAUGUGUGUGUAUUUAUACACGGAGUUACAGGGUUUUUUUAUUAAGUAGAUAAUACAGUAUGAUUUCUUGUGACUUUACAGAAAUAAUUAUUUCAUCUACUUCCUUCUGUAUUUACCUCCCUCUCAUUCCCUAAGGAGGUCCCAUGUCUCUAUCAAAUCAACUGUAUACUACUGUUCUCUUUUACCUUCUUCCCACCUUUUUCUGCGUUUACUUUGAUCUUCUUCCCUUAGGAGCAACCCCCCUUCCCAUUCCUUUGACUAGAUCACAUGUGCUCUGCUGCCUCCCUCCCUACUGCUCCCCAACCCUGGAUCCAUCGUGGCAAUGGUUCCACUUUACUGUCCUCACUUCUGCAGUUGCUCUAGAAUGUGAACUCACACCUGAAGGUUUGCAGCUAGGAGCCUCCAGUGAACUUUCCAGGUCUGGGUUACCUCAUUCAGGAUGACCUUUUCUAGCUCCAUCUAUUUACCUGCUAGGUUCAUGAUUGUGCGUGUGUGUGUGUGUGUGUGAGGUGUAUGUGUGUGAGAGUGUGAGCCUGUGUGUGUGAAAGUGUGUGAGUGUGAGUGUGAGCCUGUGUGUGUGAAAGUGUGUGUGAGAGUGAGCAUGUACGUGUGAGUGUGUGUGUAUGUGAAAGUGUGUGUGUGUCAGAGUGAGCAUGUGUGUGUGUGUGUGUGUGUGUUUACAGCUGAACAGCUUUCCAUAGUGUAUAUGAGCCACAUUUUCAUUAUUCAUUUGUCAGUUGUAGGACAUUUAGGUUGUUCCGUUUCCUGGCUACUGUGACUAGAGCAGCAGUGAGUGUGCACAGAUCUGCAGAGUAGGGGAGAGGAGAGGUAUGGCUGGGUCGUGUGAUAGAUUUAUCUCCACAGUGGCUGUACCAGAUUGCUAUCCCACCCACAGGGAAUGAAUCCUCUGCCCCUUCUCUGCCAUUUCCUGUCAGUUGUCCCAUUAAUCUUUGCCAUUUUAGCUGGAGUAAGAUGAAAAAAAUUGCAGAGGUGUUUUGAUUUUUCUUUGAUUUUUCAAUUCCCUAAUUGCUAGAGAUGAAUUUUUUUCUUUUAAGGUAUUUCUUGGGCUGGAGAGGUGGCUCAGCGGUUAAGAGCACUGACUGCUCUUCCAGAGGUCCUGAGUUCAAUUCCCAGCAACCACAUGGUGGCUCACAACCAUCUGUAAUGGGAUCUGGUGCCCUCUUCUGGUGUAUCUGAAGACAGAUACAUUGUAUUCAUAUAAAUAUGAUAAUAAAUUAGUCUUUAAAAAAAGAUAUUUCUCCGCCCACUUGGGAGGCAGAGGCAGGCAGAUCUCUAAGUUCCAGAGCAGCUUGGUCUACAGAACAAGUUCCAGGAGAUUCAGGACUACAUAGAAAAACCCUGUCUUGAAAGAAACUAACAAAACAAAACUCAGACUUUUCUUUUUUUUUUCUUCUUUUGAGAAGUCUCUAUUCAGGUUCUAGGCCCGUUUUUCCUAUGGGUCAUUGUUUAUUUGGACUCCUUGUUUUACAAGUUCUUUGUAUAUUCUUGAUAUUAAACCCCUGUCAGGAGUUACAGCUGGAAAGGAUUCUGUCCCAUCCUGUGGGCUUCCUCUUUACCUGGUUGGUUGUUGUUUUAGCCAUGCAGAAGCUUCUCAGCUUCAUCAAGUCUCACUCAAGACUGGAGAGAUGGCUGAGAGGUUUGAACCAUUGUUUGUCUUGCAGAGGACUCAGGUACCAUUCCGAGCACCCACAAGGCGGUUGGCAACCUCUGUAACUCUGAUUCUAGUGUGGAUGAGCUCCUCUGAUCUUUCUGAGCACCAGGCAUGCGUGUGGUGUGUGUACACACCUUUGGGGAAAACACACAUAUAUGCAAAAUAAAAACAGCAAAAAAAUUGUGUGUGUGCCACAGCAAGUGUGUGACGUCAGACAGCAACUUUCAAAACCCAGUUCCAGUCAUCCACCUUGGCGAGAUACAGUCUUGUGUUGUUUCUACCACCGAGCUCCUAGACAAGCUUUCCUGUGAGCUUCCUGUCUCAGCCUUUCAUCUCAUCUCACAUAGCAGUCUAGGAUUACAGAUGUGUGCCGCCCAGCCAACAAAGUUUUAUAUGAGUUCUGGAGAUAGAAAUCCAGUCCUCUGGUCUGUAGGAUUAGCACGUUUAACCCGAGCAGGAUAACUCUGGGUUGCCUGGAAUUCCAGCACUUGGGAGGUAGACUCAAGAAGUAAGAAAUUUGGACUGGAGAGAUGGCUCAGCGGGAAGAGCACUGACUGUUCUUCCAGAGGUCCUGAGUUCAAUUCCCAGCAACAAUUGUAAUGGGACCCGAUGUGUGUCUGAAGACCGAGACAGUGUACUCUCAUAUAUAAAAUAAAUAAAUCUUUAAAAAAAAAAAAAGAAGAAGAAGAAGAAAUUCAAGGUUACAUUUGGCUACCAAAUGAGUUCCAGGUCAGCUUGGACUACAUGACUGUGUUUCAAAAUGAAGUGAAAAGUGCCUCACCUGUGUUAAUAGGAUCUAGAAAUAAAAAGGUGGUUCAAGCCCAGCGUGGUGGCCUAAUACCAGCACUCGCGAGGCAGUGGCAGGUAGAUCUGUGUUUGAGCAAGUUCCAUGAGAGAAACCCUUCCUCAGAAAAAGUUUAAAAGAUGGUUCAAACAAAACCCCAAAUAGCCCCAUCAACAAAACAUUUGUCUCAUUUGAAGCUUUUAUUUGGAAAGAUGAGUUUACAAAAUGGUUUGUUUCUCCCAGGUCUUCUAAUUCCUACACCUAGAAUACACAUUUCUAAGAAAUUAAUCAUGGCAUCUUACGGUGGUGUAGCGCCGCCUUUAGUCCGUCUACUCCGGGAUAGAGAGACCUCUCCAAGUCAUACUACAAUUCCCACAAUGCAUUUCUUUUGGUCUCCUAAAUAGGGAGUGUGCAUCCGAAUUCUGGAUAACUUCCGCUCCGGAGGUUACGUAAACCGGAUGUUAUAGAGCCUAGAUUCACUUCCUGGUUCGUUAGCGUAUAACAUUUUAGUCUUCCGCCGGUAAAUAGUCCCAUUGGUACUUUGCGUCACAAUUUCUAGGGACUUAUCACAACUCUACCUUUCAUCGGAAACGCUAAAUAAUUAGGUAAAUUCGCGUACAAUAGUUGCUAGAGAGAAAAUAGAAUCACACGUCUCUGAGGUUUUUUGGUUUUUUUUUUUUCCGGCGUGAGCGUAGGAAUCUCGUACUAUAUAAGAGUGUCGGGAGAGCCGCCGGGUCCUCUUUCGAGUCUUGGCUCCAAUAUG